UCCUCCGCGGGUGGGGCGGCCGGGUCCCCGCGCGCCCGGCCCGAUGGCGAGCUGGCGGGACUGCCUGCCCCGCCUGGUGGUCGCCAUCCGCUCCCUGCUCUUCUGGUGCCUGGUGUACAGCUACUGCGGGCUCUGCGCCUCCGUCUACCUGCUCAAACUUUUGUGGAGCCUGGGCAGGGGACCCGCGCAGACCUUCCGGCGCGCCGCCCGCGAGCAGCCCCCCGCCUGCUUGAACGACCCCUCGCUGGGGACCCACUGCUACGUGCGGAUCAAGGAUUCUGGGUUAAGAUUUCACUAUGUUGCUGCUGGGGAAAGAGGCAAACCACUUAUGCUGCUGCUUCAUGGAUUUCCAGAAUUCUGGUAUUCUUGGCGUCACCAACUAAGGGAAUUUAAAAGUGAAUAUCGAGUUGUAGCACUGGAUUUGAGAGGCUAUGGAGAAACAGAUGCUCCCACUCAUCGAGAGAGUUAUAAACUGGACUGUUUAAUAACAGACAUAAAGGAUAUUUUAGAUUCUUUAGGCUAUAGCAAAUGUGUUCUAAUUGGCCAUGACUGGGGGGGCAUGAUUGCUUGGCUGAUUGCCAUCUGUUACCCAGAAAUGAUAAUGAAGCUCAUUGUUAUUAACUUCCCUCAUCCAAAUGUAUUUACAGAAUAUAUUUUACGACACCCUGCUCAGCUGUUCAAAUCCAGCUAUUAUUACUUCUUCCAAAUACCCUGGUUCCCAGAAUUUAUGCUCUCAAUAAAUGACUUCAAGGCUUUGAAACAUCUGUUUACCAGUCAUAACACUGGCAUUGGAAGAAAAGGAUGCCGAUUGACCACAGAAGAUCUUGAAGCUUAUAUUUAUGUCUUUUCUCAGCCUGGAGCAUUAAGUGGCCCAAUUAAUCAUUACCGAAAUAUCUUCAGCUGCCUGCCGCUCAAGCAUCAUAUGGUGACCACUCCAACCCUUCUUCUAUGGGGAGAGAAAGACGCAUUUAUGGAGGUUGAGAUGGCUGAAGUCACAAAAGUUUUUGUUAAGAACUAUUUCAGGCUAACCAUUUUGUCAGAAACCAGUCACUGGCUUCAACAAGAACAACCUGACAUAGUAAACAAAUUGAUAUGGACAUUUUUAAAAGAAGAAACAAGAAAAAGAAAUUGAUUUUUCUAUAUCAUCUAUGAGGGGUCAGAUGUUAGUCUGUAAGUCCACAGCUGCCUCUAAGAGUCCUAAGUAUGUUCUAAGCAGCCAGACUACAUGAGUAUGGGCCCGGAGUGUGCUGUGGGGACCACCAGCAGCCCAAGGUUCCCCGUGGAGGAGGGAGAAUGGAGAGUGGUUUCACGGCUCAAGAGUCCUCCAGAUCCUCCAGACACCGCCGCAUCUCAUCCCUAUAUCCACCUGCCGUGGCCAACCCCUUCAUUCAGCAGACGCAUCUGACUACAUGGCAUUGGCUGUCCCUUAUCCUUGUUGGGACUGUACUGGUGCCACUGCGCGUGUCCUUUAUUGGCCUUGUCUUCAUCUUCCUUUGGCCACUGCUGACCUUUUCCACGCUGGGUCUCUCAACUCAUAACAUCAAGGCUACUAAGAACUGGCGAGGGAAGCUGGCCCAGCCAGCACUCCAGUUGCUGUUCCAGCUGACCUAUUUUCUGGCAGGAUUCCUCGUGAAAGUUAGAGGAGAAAGGGCUACUCGGGAAGAGGCUCGCAUCUUCGUGAUAGCACCUCACUCUUCUUUCUUUGAUGCCAUUGCCUGUGUGAAGGCUGGGCUGCCCUCGGUGGUCUCAGCCAGCCAGAACAUGCGCAUCCCUCUGGUUGGAAAGAUCCUGAUGUUCUUGCAGCCCGUGCUUGUGACCCGAGAUGACCCCAAUUCCAGAAAGAAUACCCGCAGUGAAAUCCUAAAGCGAGUGUCCCCUGACAGCAAGUGGCCACAGAUCCUAAUUUUCCCGGAAGGUGUGUGUACCAACCGCACCAGCCUGAUCACAUUCAAACUCGGGGCCUUCACCCCAGGAGUUCCCGUGCAACCAGUACUGCUCAGGUACCCCAACACACUAGACACGGUAACUUGGACAUGGCAAGGGUUUACAGCCUUACAGAGCUGUGUAUUGACCUUAAGUCGUCUCUUCACCAGGAUGGAGAUAGAAUUCAUGCCUGUUUAUGUACCUAAUGACCUAGAGAGAAAAGAUCCUAUCCUUUUUGCCAAUUCGGUGAGAAUCAGUAUGGCAAAUGCUCUGGGACUGCCAGUGACAGAACAUUCCUACGAAGACUGUAAACUGAUGAUUUCUGCAGGUCAGCUCCAACUCCCCAUGGCAGCUGGCUUGGUGGAAUUUACCAAGAUUAGCCGUAAAUUGAAAUUGGAUUUGGACGAUAUUAGUCAGCAUUUGGAUGAAUAUGCUACCAUUGCGAUGGCCUCAAAUGGAGGGAAGAUAGAAAUUGAAGAGUUUGCAAACUACCUGAAACUCCCAGUUUCAGAAACCUUGGGACAACUUUUUGCCAUGUUUGACAGGAAUAAUGAUGGAUACAUGGACUUCAGAGAGUAUGUGAUUGGUCUAACUGUCCUGUGCAAUCCUUACAAUACUGAAAAGAUUCUGAAAAUGUCAUUUAUGCUUUUUGAUAUUGAUAAGGAUGGUUUUAUAACAGAACAGGAGUUAGGUUCUAUACUUCAGGCAGCUUUUAGAGUGCCAAAUCUUGAUGUUUCUAGCCUUUUUAAGGAAAUGGCUGGGCAGAACUCACAGCACUUAUCAUACAGCAUAUUUAAACAAUUUGUUCAGAAAAACCCAGUGUAUGCCAAGUUAUUUAGUUUAUAUUUAGACCUGCAGACAGUCUAUGUAUAAUCUUUACCACUACAAAAGGAAUAAUUGCUAUAUUCAAAUAUUUGAAAGUUAGUUCUACAAAUGAUGAAAGCUCCUUCCAAGUAGAAUCAAUGAGGGAAAGCACAUUAAUUUUCACUCAAAUGACCUGGGAAUUUGAUUAUAACAUAUUUUUUGUGCUUUAUUAUUGCUUGUUCUGCAUUACUAAGAAUAGUCCUUUUAUUCUGACUAAAUACCAAUGAGAACUGAAGCCUCCAAUUGCAUUUGUGUACCUCCUUCACUACCCAUAGACUUCCAACACUUUUACUUAUAACAAUAAUGGUGACAUUGGGUUCCUAUCACUUCAUGUUAAGAUGCAGAUUAAAUUAACCUUUAAUUCUAUAAGUCAGUCAUAUGCCAAGACAGAGAACAACAACCUAUGUAGAUGUGGAAGUAUCUGCAAACUAAUAAAUAUGACUUGCUGACCCAA